AGGACUAGCAAGGGUGACUGCCCGCAGUCAUGUAGCACUGAUUCUGAUGCCCGCCAUGAUACUGCUGCCGAUGUGGUACAUAUCCGCGCCAGAUCAUCGGGGUAAAGAAAGCAAUAGCCUCGCCACGGACCCGCAAGGGUAUGUUCUACGCAAGAAGACCGGACUGCUUUUGCUGCACGCGAAGCUAUGUGAGAUGUCAAAAUGCCAGUAAACGCGUCAGCCGACGUCGUAUCUUUUCGUCGCAUUUAACGGGUAGAUGGGCGUUACGCCCGUUGGCAUGCAGCCGAGGGACAAGUUGUUAUUCCUUAUUGACGACCCCUGUACCUUUCAUCUUACAACCUCCUGUGACGAUCUCAAGGGACGCCAGGGAAAUCUUGUCCAUCAGUAGGCGAGUGUUACGUACACGAUAUCAAUGGGCUGAUUGCAGGAGUAUAGAACAUAGGGAGAGGAAGACCUCAAGGUUCGUAUUAAUGUGUAUAUUCCAUUCGUGCGCUUUCUCGACUUCGAUUGUAUUGCACUUUCGCCUCUUUUUUAGGUACUACAGACUUUCGGGAUAAUCAAGUGCUGGGUCUGUAUUUUGGUGUCUGGCUUAGACACAUAUGAUGUUCCGCUUUUCUCGGGCCCAUGACAUCUUGGCAAAUUCCCCAGAGUGGCGUGGUCAAGGCAGGUGUUACUUUACG